ACCCAGAGACCCCAGGACUCUUGUCUGGAGGAGCAGGAAAAGGAAGUGGGUAGCAGAGUGUAUCAUGUCUUCCUGCCGCCUGGGCUCUGUCCAGUUUACCAAGGUGUCCUAGGUACUCUCACCAAGAAAGAAAGUACUGCCAAGAGCAGGAGGUAUUUUUAGCCAAUGACAGGAGUGUCCACUUUUCUUACUGCCUGAGUCAUGCCCUGAACUCUAUUUGGGAGCUGUUUUCUUUGUAACUAGACCCCCAACAAGAGAAGGUAGUGAGGGAAUUGGCCCCGUCCCCACACCAAAACUAUAUACCGUACUCAACGAGGAAUCCCCAAGUUAAGGGGUCAUCUUCUCCACAUAUACCCAAGAGCAGGUGGAGGCCAGCUUUGCAGACUAGAGAGGAUGUGAUUCUAUUCUCUCACCAAAGCAAACUCUUCUCAUUCACUUUUUCAAGAACCACAGAGGUUCAGAGACUCGCCUGCCCCGGGGCUCCCAAAUCACAUGGAACGGACAGAAGAGAGUCCCUCUGAGAAUGGGACCACUGUCUCCCCAACUGCAGGGAAUCUUGACACACCAGGAAAUCAAAGCGCUGCAGAGGAGGUGGCCAAAGGCCCAGCUGGGACAAGUGUCAAAGACCCUCCGGAUGAGGCAGAACAGGAGGGUAAAGCAGCCCCCGAGGGGGCUGUGUCAGGAGAGUGCCCGGAGGACGCAAAUGUAUUAGAUGAGCUCAAGGUAGACCUGCAAGGGGAGGCCAGUGGGAAGAAGGAAGCCAAGGGUGACCUUGCAGAGGAGGAGGGUGGGAAGGAAGAGACCGCCGUGGCUUCCCAGGAAGAGACUGGCAGGAAGGAAGACACAACACCUGAACCCAGCGAGGUUAAGGGAAAAGAGGAGGCCACGCUGGCCCCGGAGAAGCAGAAGUCUGAUGGAAACAAGGCCAAUCUGGACUCUAAGGAGAAAUUGGAUGUGAGUGAUAAAGCCAAGCCUGAACCCAAGGAGGGUGCUGGGGCAGAGGUUACUGUCCAAGAGGCCGAGAUGGAAUCUCAGAAGACGGCUGAUGUGAAGGACCAGGCCAAUGCUGAACUUCAGGCAGUCGAUGGGAAGGAGAUGGUUGAUGGGAAGGAGAUGGUUGAUGGGAAGGAGAUCGUUGAUGGGAAGGAGGUCGUCGAUGGGAAGGAGGUCGUCGAUGGGAAGGAGGUCGUCGAUGGGAAGGAGGUCGAAAGUGGCACAAAGCAGCUGGUGGAGCCAGGGAGUCCCACUGAAGAGCAGGAGGAGGGUGAGGAAAAAGAAUCAGAAGAAAGGACAGCGGUGAUUCCCAGCUCCCCCGAAGAGUGGCCCGAGAGCCCCACAGAUGAGGGAACCAGCCUCAGCCCAGAUGGCUUGGGUCCAGAUUCUGCAGCAUCUGGAGAGACCAGUCCUUCAGCCAGUGAGUCUUCGCCCAGUGACGUGCCCCAGAGCCCCACGGAGCCCCCACCCUCGGAGGAAAAAAAGGAGAGAGCACCAGAACGCAGGGUGUCGGCCCCUGCUCGGCCCCGGGGACCCCGUGCGCAGAAUCGCAAAGCCAUCAUGGACAAGUUUGGCGGGGCAGCCUCGGGCCCCACUGCCCUCUUCCGGAACACGAAAGCCGCGGGGGCAGCCAUUGGUGGUGUUAAGAACAUGCUUUUGGAGUGGUGCCGGGCCAUGACGAGAAAGUAUGAGCACGUGGACAUCCAGAACUUCUCCUCCAGCUGGAGCAGCGGCAUGGCCUUCUGCGCCCUCAUCCACAAGUUUUUCCCAGAUGCCUUUGACUAUGCAGAGCUGGACCCGACCAAGCGGCGGCACAACUUCACCCUAGCCUUCUCCACUGCAGAGAAACUAGCCGACUGUGCCCAGCUGCUGGACGUGGAUGACAUGGUGCGGCUGGCCGUGCCCGACUCCAAAUGCGUCUACACCUACAUCCAGGAGCUGUACCGCAGCCUUGUGCAGAAGGGGCUGGUGAAGACGAAAAAGAAGUGAAUGGCAAAGCCGUGCGCUCCGGGGAGUGGGGGGGCGGGGGGGGCGGGGCCCAGAUGACAGCGGUAGGCUGGGCCUCCAGGCGUGAAACAGGUGGCACCGGUCUCAAUGGCAUUAAAGGAACUGUUGUAAAAUUCCUCUCAUUCCUUGAUGCUCCCCCCACCCCAAGCAGCCACAUGUGUGCAAUAGGCGGCGGCCGAAAAUAAAAAGGAACCCGCAUUUGGAGCUAUGGGUGGCAAUUUGCUCUCUCUCCUCUCCCUCUCUCUCCUCCCUCUCCUCUCUUUUCCCUCUCCCCUCACCUCCUCCCUCUCUCUCCACUUCCCAGUGGGGGAACUUACAGACAGGAAGUAGACGAUCUCUAGAAAUCUCUCCAAACUGGGCUGCUGCGACCGGCCAGUGGGUGGCGCUCUUGAGUUGGACCACAUUCUAACUCAAUGGUUUCAAAUAAAAUUAAUCCCUCCUA